AUGGCUUCCGUCGGAGACAUCGAAAAGCAAAUCGAAGAUUUACAGCGCAAUAGGUCCAAUUUGAAUGAGAAGGAAGAAAAAGUUGGCUUAGGAUCAAAGGGUCACUUCGACAAGGACAUCUAUGGUGAUUCCAGUACCAAGACUGGCUACGUAACAUCUCUUCCGUUAAAUGAGGCCGAAGAGGACGAAGAUGACUAUUCCGUGUCUAAUACCCUUAAUAAAAGAGCAACAUACUCUGCUCCACAAGCGCUUCUUAAUGACGUCCCAAUGCAAGAUAAGGACUACGAUCCUUUAGCUGAAUAUCGUCACUCUCGUGUUGCUGAUCGUGACGAUGAAUAUCGUGCUAGAAGACGAAAUUUGAUAAUUUCUCCCGAACGACAUGAUCCCUUUGCAGAUGGAGGGAAAACUCCAGAUCCUAAAGCUAGGACCUACAUUGAUAUUAUGCAAGAGCAAGGUUUAAAGAAAGAAGAAGCUGAGAUAAUCAAGAAAAUUCAUGACAAUCAAGAGACUGCUCCAGGCGCCCAAGUAAAUGGUAGCGCUAAAGCAGAGAAACGGAAGCGACGUUGGGAUCAACCGGCUACGGAAACUACACCUACAGCCAAGAAAACGUCCUGGGAACAAGCUGAAACACCCUCUGUUAGCCGAUGGGAUGAGACUCCAGCUAGGUCGAAAGGUGGCGAAACUCCUUCCGUCAGGGUGUGGGAUGCUACACCAACUCACACCGCUCCUGGAGCCGCGACUCCUGGUUCUGUAUCAGCACGUAAGCGUAAUAGAUGGGACGAAACGCCUAAAGCAGAUCAAGUAACGGGAGAAACUCCUGGUCAUGGCAGCAGUGCAUGGGCGGAAACACCAGGAAUUGAUCGCUCUUCUGGUGAGCCAAUAGGCGACACGCCUAGUGCAAAACGAAGAUCUCGUUGGGAUGAGACACCGGUGAAUCAAAUGGGUGGAGCUACUCCUGUUUUUAACAGUGGUGUGACUCCAAGUGGUACAGCAGCAAUGGCAAUGCCUACACCAUCUCCAGCCAAUCUCGUCGCGAUGACUCCUGAGCAAAUGCAGGCCUUCCGAUGGGAGAAAGAAUUAGAUGAACGUAAUCGCCCACUAAGUGAUGAUGAAUUAAAUGGCUUAUUUCCAAAGGAGGGUUAUAAGGUUGUAGCGCCUCCAGCCGGAUAUCAGCCAAUUCGUACUCCAGCUCGUAAAUUACUUGCUACACCAACACCGAUGGGUGGAGCAUCCACAGGUUUUUUCAUGCAGGAUGAAAAGACUUCUGGAUCCUCUAAAGUUGUAGAAGAUUUACAACCUGCUGGAAAUCUUCCUUAUUUGAAGCCAGACGAUGUUCAAUAUUUCGGAAAAUUGUUGACUGAAAUUGACGAAAACUUACUAUCACCAGAAGAAGCAAAAGAGAGAAAAAUUAUGAAACUUUUACUAAAGAUUAAGAACGGCACACCUCCCAUGAGAAAAGCAGCACUACGACAAAUAACUGAUAAAUCUCGAGAAUUUGGUGCUGGUCCAUUAUUUAAUCAAAUUUUGCCAUUAUUAAUGUCUCCCACCUUGGAAGAUCAGGCCGCUGGGCUUGCUACUAUGAUCUCUACUAUGAGACCUGAUAUCGAUAAUAUUGACGAAUAUGUUCGUAACACCACUGCUAGAGCUUUUGCUGUAGUUGCUUCUGCCUUAGGUAUUCCAUCUUUAUUGCCAUUUUUGAAGGCUGUAUGUCGCAGUAAAAAGUCCUGGCAAGCUCGUCACACUGGAAUAAAAAUCGUACAGCAAAUUUCUAUAUUGAUGGGAUGUGCUAUUUUACCGCAUCUAAGAAGUUUAGUAGAGAUUAUCGAGCAUGGACUAGUUGAUGAACAGCAGAAGGUUAGAACUAUUACAGCUCUCGCUUUGGCUGCUUUAGCAGAAUCUGCUACCCCAUACGGUAUCGAAUCAUUUGAUAGUGUUUUAAAACCUUUGUGGAAAGGUAUCAGAAACCAUCGUGGCAAGGGUUUAGCGGCAUUUUUGAAGGCCAUCGGUUACAUUAUACCCCUUAUGGACGCAGAGUUUGCUAAUUACUAUACCCGUGAGGUUAUGAUCAUCUUAAUUCGUGAAUUUCAGAGCCCUGAUGAAGAAAUGAAAAAAAUCGUAUUAAAGGUUGUGAAGCAAUGUUGUUCUACAGAUGGUGUAGAGCCACAGUAUAUUAAGGAACAGAUAUUACCACCGUUUUUUAAGCAUUUCUGGAAUCAGCGGAUGGCCUUAGAUAGACGCAACUAUAGACAGCUGGUCGAUACUACGGUUGAAAUUGCGAAUGCAGUUGGUGCUGCAGAAAUAAUAAGUAGAGUUGUAGAUGAUUUAAAAGAUGAAUCUGAACAGUACAGAAAAAUGGUUAUGGAAGCUAUAGAUAAGAUUAUGGCAAAUCUUGGAGCUGCAGAUAUCGAUUCUCGAUUAGAAGAACAAUUGAUUGAUGGUAUUUUAUAUGCUUUCCAAGAACAAACACAGGAGGACGCCGUUAUGUUAAAUGGUUUUGGUACAGUUGUGAACUCUCUAGGAACUCGUGUUAAAGCUUACUUGCCUCAAAUUUGUGGUACAGUCUUGUGGAGAAUGAAUAAUAAAUCUGCUAAAGUUCGCCAGCAAGCCGCUGAUUUAAUAUCCAGAAUUGCAGUGAUUAUGAAAACAUGUGGUGAAGAGAAACUUAUGAACCAUUUGGGAGUUGUAUUAUAUGAAUAUCUUGGUGAAGAAUACCCUGAAGUACUUGGUAGCAUACUGGCUGCUCUUAAGGCUAUUGUAAAUGUAAUUGGUAUGAAUAAGAUGACACCACCAAUUAAGGAUCUCUUACCUCGCUUGACACCCAUCCUAAAAAACAGGCAUGAAAAAGUUCAAGAGAACUGUAUCGAUCUCGUUGGUCGUAUCGCUGAUCGAGGUGCUGAAUUCGUAUCUGCUCGAGAAUGGAUGCGAAUCUGCUUUGAAUUGUUGGAACUUUUGAAAGCUCAUAAGAAAGCAAUUCGUCGAGCAACAGUAAAUACUUUCGGUUAUAUCGCUAAAGCUAUUGGUCCACAAGAUGUUUUAGCUACGCUCCUCAACAAUCUUAAAGUGCAGGAACGUCAAAAUCGUGUGUGUACAACGGUAGCUAUUGCAAUCGUGGCGGAAACAUGUUCACCAUUUACUGUCCUCCCUGCUCUCAUGAAUGAAUAUAGAGUACCUGAGCUGAAUGUACAAAACGGGGUUUUAAAGUCACUAUCUUUCCUUUUUGAAUAUAUUGGUGAAAUGGGCAAAGAUUACAUUUAUGCUGUCACUCCAUUGCUAGAAGACGCGUUAAUGGACAGAGAUUUAGUUCACAGGCAAACCGCAUCUUCUGUUGUUAAGCACAUGUCUUUGGGUGUAGUAGGAUUCGGUUGUGAAGAUGCGUUAACCCAUCUAUUAAAUUAUGUAUGGCCGAACAUUUUUGAAACUUCACCUCACGUAAUUAAUGCUGUCAUGGAAGCAAUAGAUGGUCUUAGAGUUGGUAUUGGCCCAACGAAGGUUUUACAAUAUACUCUGCAGGGCCUCUUUCAUCCCGCUCGAAGAGUUCGUGAAGUGUACUGGAAGAUUUAUAACAAUUUGUACAUCGGAUCUCAGGAUGCACUUAUUGGAUCUUAUCCCCGGGUUGAAAACGAAGAGAAAAAUUCCUACUAUCGCUAUUUCUUAGACUACACUUUAUAA